AUGGAUCUAAUUCAAGAAACAAUAACAACACUGGUACCCGAAAUUCCUAUCCAAGAGCUGGAAAAAUUAGCCAGUCAUCUCCAUGAGGAGGGCUACAGGGUUCCGAAAGACCUUCUCUACCUAGAAGCAGAAGACUUAAAACCUUACUUGAAGACGCUCCUCAUUAGAAAGCUUCUGCAUCUAAUCAAGGUAGAGUUUCAAGAGCCAGCGUCAAGCCAUGAAGUGACCAUUUCCAGACCAACAGUGUCAGGGGUAUUGCAAGGUAACAAAGCCGGAGAAGUUAGGUCAAGGACAGCUAUUGACCGCUGGGCGGAGACAUUCGAAGUAGAUUGGACUGCAAUGCCAGUGGAGCUGGUACAAGCAUGUGAAGAGAACAAGGUCCCUGAGCCCCAGCUGAGACGUAAACUGGUGAAACUGCUGGGAGAAGCCAUCGCAGCCCAUAGCGUGUCGCCAACAACCUAUCAAGUCAACAAAAUUGCUUUGACCAUUGUUGAAAAAUACCAAUCGUCAUUUGCAGACAUCACGUCCACAGGAGACCUCAUUGGGGAUGGUACUGCAUCUUUGACUAGGCAGCUGAUGGUGUACCUAGAAAACAGACGGCGGCCGCACCGAUCUACAAAGAGAUCUGCUGAACCUGCCGAGUGCUCAGCUACACCUUCAAAGCAAGCCAAGGAGACAGACUCUUACGGCUGUGCAGCAUGGGCUCCAGACUGCACACCCUACACGUGGGAGGAACUAGAAGAAAAAAGAAAGCAAAUCCAUAGUGCCACCAGCUUUCCAGAGAUCAGCUCUACCAUGCAGGAGACAUAUGCACUCCAAAGAAGACAGAUCAAUUCUGGCCUGCUCACGAUACCACAAAUUGGGAAAGCCUGGCCACAUCUCUUCAAAGAAAGUAUUUUUGUUUCUCAUCUGAACACACUUCUUGGAUUUCCCUACCAAGUUACUUUUGUCCACGAGCUGAGUACCAAAGGUGUUCGCAUCUUUGACACAAUGUUGAAAACUUGGGCACCGAGGACACGGCCUUUGCUUCAGGCCAUCCAGGAAAUGGUAGAUCCCAAAGGACAGGUGCCACCUCGCCACUUGUUCGUCCCUGAGCUCCUGGCUGGAUAUUUCACGGAGAGCAUCGAGACACUCAUCUCAUUCCAUGCAGUGAGUUUCAUCUUAUUGGUAAUACAUGUAUCAUAUGUAUGAGAUAGACACUUGCAAUGCAUUUUGUUUAUUUUUGCACUAUGUUUGUUUAUUCAAUCUUGACACAAGAAUACCUCAAACACCG